AUGACAGAAGCACAAAAGGAAGAAAUCGGAGUGAACACUGAGGAACAGCAAUAUCUUGAUCUGUGCAACAAUAUUCUAGAGCAUGGUGAAAGACGUAAAGAUAGAACAGGAACGGGAACAUACUCAUUGUUUGCACCACCACAGCUUAGAUUCGAUUUAUCAGAUGGGAAAUUUCCACUGUUAACGACAAAGAGGGUUUACUUCAAGGGCAUUUUGCACGAACUCUUGUGGUUCAUUUCAGGAAGUACAGACGGUAAAGUUCUUUCUGAGAAAAACGUUCAUAUCUGGGAAGGAAAUGGUUCCAGAGAGUACUUAGACUCGAUUGGACUUACAGACAGACGUGAAGAUGAUCUAGGACCAAUAUAUGGAUUUCAAUGGAGGCAUUUUGGGGCAGAAUACAAGGACUGUGACACGGAUUAUACUGGUAAAGGCUAUGACCAGAUUGCGCACAUUAUCCACACAUUAAAAACAAAUCCUUAUGAUCGAAGAAUAAUUCUUUCAGCAUGGAAUCCUCCCGCCUUCAAAAAGAUGGCAUUACCACCUUGCCAUGUCAUGUGCCAGUUCUACGUGAGUUUCAGAACUGGAAAGCCAAGGUUGAAUUGUCAGAUGUAUCAGAGAUCGUGCGAUGUUGGUCUUGGUGUUCCAUUUAAUAUAGCUUCGUAUGCUUUACUCACAUAUAUGAUUGCAAUGGUUUGUGAUAUGGAACCGGGCGAAUUUGUUCAUGUUAUGGGAGAUUCGCACAUUUAUUGUAAUCACGUCGAAGCAAUCAAGUCGCAACUUGCAAGAAAGCCAAGACCAUUUCCAAAAUUGGUCAUAAAGAGGAAAGUCACGGACAUUGACGAUUUCAAGUUUGAAGAUUUCCAGGUGGUGGAUUACCAUCCCUAUCCAACCAUUAAGAUGAAGAUGGCAGUUUAG